GUUCUGAGCAAAUCGGAUUAUGUCUAUCUGUAGUUAAGCUGCAUGAGUUCAUAGAUCCAAAGGAAACACCAGAAGAGGUGGCUUCUAACUUCACAUGUGCCAUGUACGAUACCCCUGAAGAAGUUCUUAAAUGUGCUAGACACAUGGUUAUUUUUAAGAUGGUCGAGGAAAACCCAAGAGAUGUUGGGCAUGAAAUGGACGGGCUCAGUAUAGUGUAUGGAGACGAAUCUCUGCCCCGUCUUUACGAAAAUUCCCAAAUUUCCUCUGAACAACUUCCUUCGCAGCAGCUAGGUAUAGUGAGGCGGGCUGUUGCUCUUGGUCGAUUUCUCCAGAACCCUUUGGCAAUGGUUGCAACAUUAUGUGGGCCCAGAAAGGAAAUAUUGUCAUGGAAACUUUUGAGGAUACUUUUGAGGAUUUAGAUGAGGUUAUGGACCGGUAUGUUGAUCCCUUGGUUACUCAUUUAAGAACAAUGUUAAAUUAUCGCAAGUUCAGGACGGGUUUGAAAACAGAAGUUGAUGAACUUUUGAAGACCGAAAAGGAAGAGAAUCCAAUGCGCAUAGUUUAUAGUUUUGGCAUCUGUCAUGAACAUCCUGGCACAUUUGUAUUGACUUACAUAAGAAGUACAAAUCCACACCAUGAGUACAUUGGUCUUUACCCCAAAGGAUUCAGGUUCCGCAAAAAGAUGUUUGAGGAUAUUGACCGGCUUGUGGCAUAUUUUCAAAGGCACAUCGAUGAUCCACAAAAUGAUUCAGCACCUUCCAUUAGGUCAGUAGCUGCAAUGGUGCCAAUGCGAAGCCCUGCUACUGGUGGCUCAUCAGGAGCAUCUGGUGCAGUAGCUGCUGGUGCAGUACCUUUAAUUUAAGAGUCCUGGGUUAGAAAAUAAUGCCUCGUUACGACUACAAAUCUUGACUCUCUAAGUAGCAACGGUACACGGAAAUUACAGUUUGUUCUCGUGUUCUAAUUAUCUAAACUAAUUUUAUUGUUUUUCCUACUCCAUGACAUCAAACCAUUCUCAUAGCCUUAGAUAAACAUCGUGAGAAUAGAUAACGAUACUUGCUACAGCUAUCUGUGGGAUUGAAAAAUCUUUUAUACUAUAACUGAUAUUGUUUUAGAUUUUUUUUCUAUUGUCCACAGGUUCAUGU